ACGGUUUCACGGUAGAGUCGCAGCCAAUCGGCGGACGAGAGCCAAACGUCCGCCCAAUCACUGGGUUUGAAUUCAAUUAACUUCGCACUGACUGGCCAAAUUCAAUUCAAUCUCAAUCCCCAAUUCACAGUCUAAUACGGGCUUAACGAAACCUGUUGUGAUUUUAACGUCAUCGUGCUCUUAUUGGUCGCUUGAAAUACCGUUCUUCGUCGAAUUAUCUCGUCGUGUCGCUCCUCUGGUCGGUUUAUUUAUGCGCGCUGCACUCAAGAAGUAUCUAUUUAUCGCCGUGAAUACGACACGCUUGUUAUUUCGUGGAAAUCUUGACGGCCGAUCGCGGUUUAUGCGUAAAAGCCCGCGCAUCCGGAUGAUUGCGCUUGUGCACGGUGCCGCUUCGCAUUGGUGCGCGACUUGUGCGCUGGUUUUCCUACCAAUCAGCGCGAAAUUACAUCGCGCCGCGCGUGACAACUUAUUGUGCGACAACUCGGUCGGAUCAGUUUGUACCUGAGUAUAGUCGGAGGGGGCACCGUGGAUGGAAGAAGACUGGCGAUUUUUGUUUGAGGGGAUUUUCAAAACGUAUUUAAGUACUUAGGACAAGAUGUCUGAGAAGGGAAGAGGGAAAAGCCGAGGGCGUGCUAUAUCACAGCAGCGAGCACAGCAAUUACCUCAGCAACAACUUCCACAUGCUCAAGCAUCCACUAGCCAGGAAGUUCGUAGACCAGGGCAAAUAGUUGCCCAAGCAGUUUCUUCGAGCGGCGGCCGUGGUGUGGCAACACGUGUUGGUGCAAAGGGUGAUGGUGCAGGCGCGCAGAUAGGCAGGGGCAUUGAAAAAAUGUCGAUUCAACCAAGUGCUAGUGGAGAUGCUGGUAGCAGUGUUGGAGCACUAACAACCGUUUCUACAACGGGAAGGGGAGCGUCCCGCGGUAAAAGAAUGGUAUCGACGGAUAUCUUCGUUACGAAACCAAGCCACAUAAUGAAUAAGAAGGGCAAUACCGGCAGCAUCGUCAACCUGAAGACAAACUAUUUUAAAUUUAUCACUAAGCCCGACUGGUGCAUCUACCUGUAUCGCGUCGAUUUUGCACCCGAGGAAGACCGUACGGUCAUACGUAAAGGUUUACUGAAACCCCACAAAGAAAAACUCGGUGUGUACAUUUUCGACGGCACUGUACUGUACACGAGUAACCGCUUGCCCGAGAAAAUGGAACUUAUGUCAAUCCGACAAUCGGACAACGCGAAAAUAAAAAUCGACGUCCGCGUGGUUAGUAGCAUAAUGCAGUCGGAUCCCCAUUAUCUCCAAUUUUUCAAUACGAUUAUGAGAAAAUGCUUGGGCCACCUUAAACUGCAACUGGUCGGUCGCAAUUACUUUGACGCUGAAAACAAGGUGUCCUUGCCGGAACAUAGACUGGAAUUGUGGCCAGGAUAUUUAACAUCUAUCCGACAACACGAAUGCGAUGUCUUAAUGUGCGCUGAAAUAACAACUAAAGUUAUGCGUCAGGAAACAUUGCUCGAUAUUCUGAACGACUGUUGGACUCGAGACAACCACAAGUUUCGAGCAAAUUUCGUUUCCAUGGUGGUGGGAUCAAUAGUCCUUACUGCUUACAACAACAAUACAUACCGCGUUGAGGAUGUGGAUUACAAUGCGAAUCCCAAAUCAACAUUCCCAAUGAAAGAUGGCACAAUGGUGUCAUAUGUUGAUUAUUACUAUAACAAGUACGGUCUUAGAAUUACAAACGCUACUCAGCCGAUGCUUCUGUCGAGAAGCAAAACGAGGGACCGACAGGCUGACAAAGGGGAUCGUUGCUGCUAUCUGGUACCCGAAUUGUGCCGUGCGACAGGCUUGACCGAUGCGAUGAGGGACAAUUUCUCCGUCAUGUCGAGCUUGUCUACAUACACACGCAUCAAUCCUGAAGCGCGUAUCGAAAAAUUGUUGUCGUUCAGCAGGAGACUUCGCGAGCAUCCUGACGCCAAGAAGGAGUUCGAUCAUUGGAACAUGAAGCUGGAUAAUAACCUGCUUGAAUUGAAGGGGCGUAUUUUGCAUCAUGAAAGUAUAAUAUUCGGUGGCAAUCCACCGGGCACUGUCAAGUCACCCGUAGGCGAUUGGGGAAGAGAGAUGCAAAAUAAGCGAUGCUUAGUCGUUAAGGAAUUGAGGGACUGGAUCCUCAUUGUUUCAGAACGUGAGAGACGUUCUAUCCAGAACUUCGUGGACAUUCUGCUUAAAGUAUCGCACGGUAUAUCCUUCCGUGUGGAGCAGCCGAGGAUAUUCACUAUUCGGGACGACAGGCCGAGCUCGUACAGCGAGUUCCUCGAGGGGAUACUGUCCAAGCAGAUACCGCAGUUGAUAUUUUGCGUGGUGCCGAACAAUCGCAUGGAUCGUUACUCGGCGAUUAAGAAGAAGUGCUGCGUAGACCGGCCCGUACCGUCGCAAGUUUACCUGCAGAAGAAUCUCUCGCACCGGAACGUCUUGUCCAUCGCAACGAAAGUAGCGAUACAGAUGAACUGCAAGCUGGGCGGAGCGCCCUGGCGCGUGGACAUUCCGAUCGAAGGAUUGAUGACUAUCGGUUUCGACGUUUGCCAUGACACGACAAAACCGGGCAAAGAUUACGGUGCGAUGGUGGCGUCCUUAAACAAAGACUUCACGAAAUACUACAGCUCGACCGAUCUGCACGCGGACGGUAACGAGCUGUCGCACAUGUUCACCUCGAAUAUCUACAAGGCCGCGAUGGCGUAUCGUGCGCAGAAUAACAGUCUGCCCUCGCGUAUCCUGGUUUAUCGCGAUGGCGUCGGCGAGGGCCAGGUGCCCCACGUGAUAGAGCGGGAGGUCGUGGAUUUGCGCCAGAAAUUGAACGAGCUUUACGGCGGAGAACAUUACAAGAUGUCGUUCGUGAUCGUGACGAAACGUAUCAACACCCGAUUCUUCCACAACAAGGGGAACCCACCGCCGGGCACGGUGGUCGACGAUGUUGUCACGAGCCCGAUCAAAUACGACUUCUUCCUCGUGUCGCAGAAGGUGAAACAGGGAACGGUGUCGCCGACCUCGUACAGCGUUGUCUACGACAACAUCGGCCUCGACCCCGACAGGAUGCAACGUAUCACGUACAAAUUGACCCAUAUGUACUUCAACUGCUCCAACACCGUCCGGGUGCCGGCGCCUUGCCACUAUGCUCACAAGCUGGCGUUCCUGGUGAGCAAAUUCAUUCACCAAUCGCCGGACUCACAGCUGGAAAACACGUUGUUCUUUUUAUAAUCUCUCGUACUCUAUUUUUUUUUUCUUUUUAAAGCGUGUUAACUUUUGCGAAUUUGUUUCACAUAUUUGCAAGUCGCAAAGAGAAAUCCCAGGUUUUCUUAGCUCGCUAGUUUUAGUUUAAUUUUUAUUUCUUACGCUAAGAAUGAAAGAUAUGUUAAGUCGAUGGAUUACGUUAUAUAAUGCUGUAAGAUUUAGUAGAUAUUUUGGUUAUUUUUAAGUUUGCCCAUUUUUAUUUCCGUUUAAUCCGAUUCUCGAUAUAUAUUAUGGUAGUUUGAAGAAAAAAGAAAUAAAGUAAUAGGAGAGAUAUCAGUGCUGAUAUCAAUAUUGAUCAUUUGAUCCAAAUCAGUAGGAAAUUUGAUAGAGAAAAAGUAUUCCGUGAUUAUUUUGUCAUAUAAGUUGAAUACGUGAUAAGUUCAAUUAUCGCUUCGAUGAUAAUGUAUAUUAACAUAGAUGCACAUUGCUUUUAUAAUUAUACUUUUAUAAUUUUAAUAGAACAUAUAUUUGUUAAAUACAUGCCCAGUAAUAAAAUACCAAAGCAAUGAAUCGUAUCCACUUUACACUUUAUUUUCACAGUUAAGAUAAAUGAAGUUGGUGAUCUAUUGUAUUAUAUUGGUCAACUGGAAUAUCUUGAUAUGUUAUUCGGUCAACCGCGAAGUACUCGCAUAAAAGUCGCACAAACAUAGAUAUUUCACUUAAAGUUAAGUUAAAUAUUAGUUAAGUUUCGUUGCUUAGUACUUAAGUUUUUUUUUAAGUUUAGUUACUUAGUACGUAAGUUUUUUUUUUUUAAUACACGAGCUUUUGUUUAUUUUUAAGUGAAAAAAGACGAAUUACCAGAGUCAAAUUGAUGCGAGUAUUCGAGGGUUAAUAUGUAAUAAUAACAUGAUGGUAUAUUUGAUAUGAUUUAUAAGGAGAAAAUAUAAUCUGUUGAUAAGCUAGAUAUGU